UAUCGCAAUGUUCAGUCCAUUCUAUAUGUCGAUGCUAAAUAUAUGUAGCGUUCGAAUGACAUUUGGCGCGUAUAAUUUGUAACGACUGUAAUGUUUAUCUUGAAUCGGAAAAUGAUUGAUUUGUUGACUUGAAAAGUGCUCAAAUUUUUCAUACAAUUAUAUGAUAUCGACAAUAAUUUUAUAUGGAUAUUGUUCAUAACAGCGAUCAUGGCACCAAAAUUGACUAAAUAUAAGGUAAUCACUGUGAUAAAAAGAUUCAAGUUCGACGAAAUAGAAUGCAGUGUAAUGCCCAUUUUUCCGGAGAUAUCUUGGAGCGAUGUCAAGUCUAAAUUAAUAAAGAAACACAAAACAUUCACUGCUUACAAUGUCGCACUCAUUAUUGGACAAAUUCUUGAUAAUAUCAACUUAAGAGACAAAGAGUUGGAUAAUAGAUUGACAGCACUAGAAGUAACAGAUAUAAGUAGACAUAACAAGAGAAAGAUAUGGUACGGUUACAAGUUAACGGGUGCAGGCAGCUCAUUAAAUUAUUUGGAAAUACGACAGAUUCAAGAAACCAUAAAGAAAGAAUUUCAGUCAAAAAGUUUAAAUAUAAAUGUAAAAGCUGCAGUACAUGACGACAUCACAUUCGUAAAUAUUAAGGAAAAGAAACAAACAAAAAGAAAAGCAUACACUGCCAUGCCUAUCUUUUUUGCUUUAUUUUCGGGCCACAAAUAUUUUUUCUGUUCACAAAAGAAUAUUUCAACUAAUAUUGCACAAUCGAUGGCUAUUGCUCUGGGUUAUAAUGGUAGCAAAAGAAUUAAGCUCAUGGGUAAAGAUCUUAGAUCUCUAAUAAGAUUGUUGUGGAACAAGCAGCAAAACACUUUGCAUUCAGAAGACAUUCAACAAUCAUUAGUUUAUGAACCAUCUCGUCCUAUCAUCAGUAAUAAUGGUAUAGACUAUACACAAAGUAAGCAACGAAAAAGUUAUGCAGAAAAGUGUUUUCACAAAAACCCUCCGACUUUGGAAUUACUUGUUAUAAACGAAUUAGAAGAAUCUAUACAACACGAGGCUGUAGCUUCAUUAUUACCCUAUGAUAAUAUCCGUAUGAGCUGGGAAUUUCGUAGUCACAAUAUAGUUAAUUUCUUGACUAAUUUAAUAGAAAAACGUGCACUCCCAUUACCAUUACCUGACUAUGUAGCUAAUUUUAUGACAGUUGGAAGAAACGAGUUAACACUCAACCGAGAUUAGUUUCAGACUGAUUAAUCAUAAAUAAAAAAAAUCCUUUCAAUGAAAAAAUAAGUAUUUAGCAAA